GCAGUUAUGGAUGGCGCAAGAUACCACACCAAAAACGUCGUCGACGUCAAUUCGACGUCUUGCGCCACACUCCCCCUUGCUAAAUUUGCCGAUUACGAAGACAAUUGCCGCCGCUCGUGCUGCCCAACAACAUUCCUCAUCAACAAAAAAUAACUUUGCAUCGUUGCCUCCUCCGAAAAUUAUCACAACCACCGAUCCUCACGCGAACAAAAAUCACCUUGAGCCCGAAACAGAUGCCGAAUUGGCAACCACUAACGUGCACGGAUACAUCGCAUGUUCCUCCGUCAACAACGCCAUCGAGAUAAACUUGAGAUUUCCAAAGUGCAAAUGCCCCGCAGUCGUCAUAAAUGGCGAAACGCCCAAAAAAUCCACUGCGGAAGCCGACGAAGAAAUUAAAACCAAGAUCAUCAACUUUGAUCGCAAUAAUUUGUGUAAUAUUGUCAAUAACUUAGAUAUUAAUACGUGUACAAAAUGUAGUAUAUCAUUAGAUGUUAAGCGACUACUGACGCGAAUUUUCAGUAAUCCCGCAUUGAACAGUGAUAACUUGAACGGUAGUUGUUUGGGCGAUGGCGCAAGUCUCUUAUCGGCCUCCAUCUCGCCCCGACUUUCGGAAAGUAACGUCUCAAAUACCGCCGAGCACGACGAUUUCAUCAUUUUUAACUUGAACAAGCAAAAUCACGGCGCGAAACGUCAUUCAGCUGACAAACGAUCGACCGGCACGCAACACGAACCAGACAACAGAAGCCCCAAUAGUCGAGGCAGCAGCAAAAAUAAAGAAGUUUAUGUCAUCACGGACGAGUUUAAGAAGAAAUGCACUGAACAUCACAUCAUCGUGAAACGCAACGCAGCGAAUAAAGCGAAGAAAAAGCCAUUUUCACGUUCCUUGGAGAAUUUAUCCACUCCUGAAGUGCAAAGACGCGAAUUUGUAGCCGCCUCAAAUGCUUCAGCGGUCAAAUGUGAUCUCGAUUUGACCCAAAAUUCAUCUCAAAACGUCGCAAAUGGCUCCAAUCCAAAGAGAAACGGCAAAAUUAGUGAGACAAAAACGCGUUCAAAGUCCGUGGAUGACAUCAGUACAUCAUCUAACGAAGUUCUCGAGGGCGUCGAUUCAGUCGAACUCAUUUUCAUCAGCGACGAGUUCCUUAACAAGUCGAAUAAAGAAGAGCCGGAAGUGAUUAUCGUUGAUCCAUCGCCGAGACCAACUCCUUCGCCCAAUUCUCAAUCAGGCGAUGAAAAACUUUCAAAACCAUCUUCGCGUAAAUCCUCACAAAAAUCCGAUAAAAGCCCGAAAGACAAGAAAUUGUACGUAAUUUCCGACGAUUACAAGAAACGAUCGUUAAAUAAUACGGUAAUUGUGGUGAAACAACGCGAAACGAAGAAAUCCAAGGCUGCGACGACAAAAACGAGCGGCAACUCUGAUGUUAAUAAUGCUAAAAAUGUCGAUGAAAAACUUGCGUUGAACCUCAAGAAGACAACAACUACCAAUUCAAAUACUUUUCUGACUUAUGAAGAACCUUUUUCGCCCAUUUAUGACCUGGAGGAUAAGGAAAUACCCUAAAUUUGCAGUAAAAAUGCUCUGAAUCUCCGUUUUUUUGAACAAAAAUAUUUUUAAAUUUUUUUCCCGUGUGUGAAAUUAUUUGAUGAUGUUCCAAUCAAAUUAGCAGUUGAUAAAAAAAAUAAUGAAAUACAAAAAAAAAAUAGUUAAUAGCCAAUUUUAACAUUUUUUUAGCAAUACGCAUUUUUUUAUAAAAUACCAUAUUAGAGCAAUCGAGAACAAAAAUUCGCCAAAAAAGUAAAAAAUUAAAUAAUUGUGAGACCAACCAAGCAAUUUGUCCAAAAAAAAACUGAGAAAAGACUUGAAACAAUCAAAAGCCUUAUUAAUUACAUCAACAUUUAUCUUAGAAAUGAUAACGAAGAAAUAGUUUCUUAUGAUUGACUCUCUAUCUCUUUUUUCUAUUUUUUUCCUGUAAAACGAAAACAUGCGGAACAAAAUAAAAUAGAAAUAAAGAGUAUCAGGGAUAUUUUAGAAAAAAAAAAUCUUGCUUGAAUUGAACGCUCAAUCUAGAAAACUGCUCAUUAUCAACGAUUUUCGCAUUUAAAUUUCCUUCUUUUUCGUUCUUCCCUCUUCGCAUUUAACAUUUGAUCGUAUUUUA